AUGCUGACGACUAACAACUAUUAUGUUGCCCUUGCUCUGACCGUUAUUACGAUGCUCACCUGGGGCACCAACAAGGUUGCUGUGAAGUAUCUUACGUAUUCAGUUGCUUUCUAUACUAUUGACUAUUUUACGUGGGUGUUCAUCUUCCAUAUUAUUUUCGGCCUUACUAUUGGUGCUGAUUACAUGCCCCCUGAAUUGGGAUAUGGAAUGAUUUCUAACCUUCGUGAGAUCAUCAAUCACGACGAUGCGAAGGGUCUGUGGGUACAACUUGGAGGACCUGCUCUGGCUGGAGCAAGUACCGCCGCAUUUAGCUUGAUUAUGUUUGCCCUUACUGAUGGUUUUGGGCUGACUAGUGCUAUUCCUCUUCUUUUUGGUUCCGCCAUGCUUUUUGGUGUGAUUGCAUCUUACUACGUCGAGGACCCUGCGAGACGUGGAAACAAGGUGCUCGUUUUCUCUGGAGUGGCGAUUCUUUUCUUCGCAGUUCUUUUAAAUACGAUUGCCUCCAGAAUGAACAGUAAGAGUCGCAAGGCCAACAGUUCCAGUGAGAAGGAUAUUACGAAGCCUCUUCUGGACGACCAGCAAAAGAGCGAGUCUGUCCCUGCUGCUGAGGCUGCUCCUGCUCCUGCUGUUCCUGCUGCUGAAGCUGUUCCUGCUCCUCUUCCUGCUGAGUCUGCUCCUGCUCCUGCUGUUCCUGCUGCUGAAGCUGUUCCUGCUCCUCUUCCUGCUGAGUCUGCUCCUGCUGCUCCUACUGCUGAGGCUCUUCCUGCUCCUUCUGGUGAAACAACGGUGCCUAUUCCUGAGCCUAAGGAAGCCAAGAAGCUGUCCAUGACGAUGUUCGUCGUUCUGGGUCUGCUGGGUGCGUUCUUCGAUUUCUUCUAUGCUCCUUGCACCGCCAUGGGUAGUUCUGGAGACAUUCCUCUCUCGCCCUAUGGAGUGUUCCUUGUGGCCUCCUUCGCCUCCUUCGUCGUCGUUUAUCCUCUUGCUUAUAUCUUGAUGCGUUGGCCGGUCAAGGGAGCUAAGGCUACUUGGAAGGAGUAUUUCCAGGCUACUUGGAAGCAGCGCUGGCCUGCUAUCUGGUCUGCGGCUCUCCUUGCGAUUGGAAAUGUGUGUUUUGCUACUGCUGGAAGCACGCUGUCAACUACUAUUAGCUAUGCUUUGAGCCGUGGUACUCUUCUGGUGUCUGCCCUUCUGGGAAUUCUGUGCUACAAGGAGUUUAAUGGUGCCAAUGCAUCCACCUGGGCCACUCAAAUUAUUGCCCUCAUUUUGUUUGUCGUGGCAAUUGUUGUGGAGGCUAUGGCGGCUAAAAAGUAGUUUGAAUACACUAUUGA